AUGGCUACCUAUGUAAUACUGGGACGGAGGUCGCAGCUCCGCAACGGGCGGGGCCAGAUCAGUAGCAUCAAUGGUCAGUGCGCCAAUUACAAAGUAAUUACAGAGUGCACGGUCCAUGAAUGGCCUGAAUGGCCUGAUACGAUGGGAAAGCGCCGAGGCGGACAAUCCUUGAAACCUUUCUUCUUUUUCGUCGACGUCAGGAAUAGUUCUGGCGCCUUGAACUGGGAUAGAACGCAAACAAGGUACCAUGGGUUUGCUACUGAAAGCCUCUCGACCCUCACGCGGUACAUAAGCUUUCCUUGCGAGAUCUCCCGAAUUGCAGACAAUCGGCCUCGGGUGGAUAAAGCAACUGGUGACGUCGAGGAAGGGGCCGGUAUGUUUGAGGACGUCCUUGGGCGCGUGGUCCUCAAACACAACGGAAUCGAGUCCAAGUUACUGAAGCUGGAGAUAACCGACUUCGAAACGAACACUCAUGAACUGUCGCUAUCGUUGAGCACGACCGAUGUACGAUGUAUGGUACGGACCAAUGCGCUCCCGUACCCUGUCCGCCGGCCUGGUUGUGAUAGCACCCGUCAUGGCAUCAGAUCCCUGCAGGGGAGAGAGUUUGGACGAUUUCGUUUCCCGCCCGUUGACAGCCUCUACCCGGUCAGGGGCCCAAUUGAAACCAUAUGGGUUAACCAAUGGCAUACGCUCGGUCAGGUCGAGGAUCACGUCCCCCCUUAUCAGGACGUAUCCCUGACCCCGUCGCCCAUCCCAGAUCGUCGCUCCCCCAGGAGAGAAUGGCAGAUGACAGGCAUGAGCCACACGAGGCCCAGUACCAUAGUCCCCGUUUCAGAAACUGUAGCCUAUCAGGCUGUGGGGGUUCUUGACUUCACCUCAUCCCUCCCGUGUGCGUCUGAUCAUGAGGGCUAUUCGACUGUUCCCCCCCCGUCGGUAAGAUGGACUUUGAGGAGGCUGUUCACGCUUUUCCGCACCCUGCAGCUCCAUAACCACGAGGCUGUGACCCCAUCACUGGGACAUGGGCAAGGGGCUCCGAAUACGACAAACGAAGCAGCAUCGCCCAGUACGAAGAAACGAGAUGCCAUCUCUCUACUCACUCGCCCUGAAUUUGACCCCUCACUCUCAGCCGAAGACACCCUUGGGCAUUUGAGUUGCAUGAUCCUCCGAACACCGGAAUCCCCUUCCAUGGUCCUCUGCACCUAUAUUCUGCAAGCCAAGUCCCCGAAACGAAGGCAUUUCAGAGGGUCGCAACGGACGCAAGGUACGGAUACAACGAACUGGCUUCGUUGCAAUGGUCCCUUGCCCAAACUAUUCUCCUCCCCCCUCCCCCCUCUCACCUUUUACGAUGACGAUGGGCUCAUGGUAGACGCCGCCAUGCAGCUAAAAUGGAGAAGAAACCAUCACAUUGACGGAGAAAGGCUGGAGAGUCAAGUGAAAAUGAAGGCGUCUCUGUCAUUUGCAGUUGUGGCAUGA